CACCAGCGGAGACGAUCUUCGAUACAAACAUGGCGGCCUACAUGUGAAUGUCAUGCUAUUCUAAUCCAUUACCUGAAUCAGUUCAUUUCGGUUUGGAAACGUCGAUGCUCGCCUGCAGAUGAUAUCUCGUGGAAUAGUUCCUUCCUUUCUCUUAGACAGCCAAGAAUUAUAAGGAACAUAAUUUACUCAAUUCUGUAGCUGACUAGCCCUCGUGUUAGCAUAUUAGCUAACCAGCUGACGGCUUCCAACGGAAACGCGAUGGAUCCUGACCAACAGCUGAGAAAUCUACGGGAUUUUCUUCUGGUGUACAACCGCAUGACUGAAAUCUGCUUCCAGCGAUGCAGCAGCAACUUCAACUACAGAAACCUCACGAUGGACGAGGAGCGCUGUGUGGACAGCUGUGCAGGGAAGCUGAUUCGCUCUAACCACCGGCUGAUGAGCACCUACGUGCAGCUGAUGCCCCGGAUGGUGCAGCGGCGGAUGGAGGAGAUGGAAAGCAAGGCUGCGGAAAAUGCCAAAGCAGCAGCAGCAUCCUCAGCUGUUGAGACUCCAACCACAGAGGCUUCGCCAGCAUUUCAAACCCCAGUUACCUCAUCUCCACCCCCAGAAAUACCUCCACUUUUAAGUCCUUCAGUGACUGAUGUUGGACCAGAGGUCCGUGGCUCAGUUUUAAAGCCUGUAGGAUUAGAUAUUCCAGCUGAGCUGGAUGCUGCUGUACCUAAAUCAACAACAUCAAUAGAUGUGAAAUUAUCAGCUGCCACGCUACUCACACCUACGCCUGAAACAGUAAAUCCCUCUGUGCUUAACAAUGCUAGUAAUGGACCUUCAUGUAUGGCAGGAUUUCCUCAGCCGCCCACACCUGCUGCCCAGCUUGAUUCUGGGAGCUCAGCACCUUUGUUAAUGCCACCUAAACCAACAUCCUUAUCAGAAGAUGUUCCUCUGUCAACAGUAGCACCUACAAUGUCUAAAUCAGAGAGCUUGUCAGGCCAAGAGAAAGCCUCACAGGUUCCUCCACUGUCAGGCCAGUAAUAAUGGCUAGUAUAGGGCAGUCUUAGUGGUUAAACUGAUAUGGCCCAAAUUCUCACCAAAAACAGCUGAAAUGUGAUGAGUAACCCAUCCAUAGUAGAUAAUUGAGAGACAUAAAUUUACUAUGAUAUGUAAUAUCAUUAUAACAUAUAAUACUUUUUGGAUUAAGACUUCCAAAUGUCAGCAAUUGCUGCUUUUCCCUGUUUGCAUAUCGUAAAUAGUUUUUUUCUAGGUGGUUACCUACAAAAAAAUUGCAACUCGAAGACUUCACUUUUGACUGUGUUAACUUGAGAUUUAUGCUGUUUUUUAGUUUGUUUUUUUUGGUUAGUUUUUUUAACAUUUUGUGACACAUCAGUAAAUAAACUGAAAAACAUUCAUUUAUCAUGCUGAAAAUCUGAAUUUGUACUUUCGGUGCCCUGUGAUCUUCAGAAAAUGGAAUGUGCCGCUAUGACACAGUAUUGAAAAUAUUUCAGAUUGUAAAAAUAAAAAAGCUGGUAUUGAAA